CAUUGAAGUUUAUGGAGUAGACAGCAUUUCACAGAUUAGGAAUGAGCAUGUAGAGACAAGGAAGAAAGAUUACCCACAUUUGCAAGGGUUAUGGUUUUCCGAUGUUUGUAAGACCAAGAAUGUGUUAGAAAUAGAGUUACUAAUCGGCGCAGAUUAUUUGUGGAUAUUUCAAGAAGGGCGUACGGUUAGGGGCAAGAGUGAUGAACCUGUUGCGGUACAAACCAAAUUAGGAUGGGUGUUGUCAGGUCCACUGAAGAGUAGCUCUGAAGAUGAUGAUGGUCCUACAUCGUGUGCACAGGUAAGUAUAAACCUUAUUGGGCAUGUAAAUUCAUCAAAAAAUAGGUCCCUUGAAGCAUGUGUUGAAAAAUUAUGGGAUUAUGAAACGUUAGGUAUAAAGCAUGAAGAGGAAGCUAGUGAGUUAUUAAAUGAUUCAAUACAUUUCAAUGGCCAACGAUAUAGUGUAAGUUUACCUUGGAAGGAAGGGCAUAGUUUAUUGCCAACUAAUUAUAGCUGUAGUGUGCAGAGAUUAAAGGGACAGCUUUUAAGAUUAAAGAAGGAGCCAGAAGUUUUACAAGAGUAUGACAGAGUAAUUAAAGAACAGUUAGAGCUAGGUAUUAUAGAACCAGUUGUAGAGUUAGAGAGAGCUGAUAAGAUCCAUUAUCUACCACAUCAUGCUGUGGUUCGUAAAGAUGCAAAGACCGCUAAGGUCAGGGUUGUGUAUGAUGCAUCGAGUAAAGAGACUAAGAAGGGUGUAUCUUUAAAUGACUGCUUGCAUGUUGAGCCACCUCUAUCCCCGUUGUUGUAUCACAUUAUAUUGCGUUUUAGAGAAAAGCGAAUAGCGCUUGUAGCAGAUAUAGAGAAGGCUUUUUUAAAUAUUGAAAUUGAUCCGGGUGACAGAGAUUGUUUGAGAUUUCUUUGGGUGGGCAACAUACAUGAAGAUGAGGUGAAGCCAGUAGAGUAUAGAUUUUGUAGAGUUGUUUUUGGUGUGAACUGUUCACCAUUUUUGCUGAAUUGGCCACUUCAACACCGCUUUUCGAAGGGUAAUCCUGAAUUGACUCGAAAGUUGAAGGACGGCUUUUAUGUUGAUGAUCCGGUAACUGGAGAACAAACCCCUGAGCAUGCAUUAUCAUUAUAUGAGGCUUCUAGUAACAAUUUAGCUUCUGGGGGUUUCAAGCUUAGGAAAUGGCUCAGUAAUAGUAAACUUGUAAUAGGGAAAAUCCAAUCAAAGGAAGAAAUCAAGCCUGAUAGAGGAAACUUGGCAUGUGAAGAAACAUUUGCUAAGUCAUUCCUUUGCAUGACAGGCAAAAAUGACACAUCAGUGAAAGUCCUUGGGUUAGCUUGGAAUUGUACAACUGAUGAAUUUCAGUUUUUGUUUCAAGGUUUAGUUGAGAAAGCAAAAUCGCAACCUGUUACCAAACGCAAUAUUCUUAGAAUAUUAGCUGGGUUGUUUGAUCCAUUGGGAAUUCUUAGCCCAAUGGUAGUAAGUAUUAAGAUGUUAUUUCAAGCACUGUGUUUGGACAAAGUAAAUUGGGAUUCUGAACUAAAUGGAAAAUAUUUGAAGCAAUGGUUAGGUUGGGUUCAUGAUCUUGAAGUUGUAGGUCAAAUUAUGAUACCAAGGUGUGUGUAUGGAAGUCUAAUUGGAAAACCCAAAUGUUCAUUCCAUGGGUUUGGUGAUGCUAGUUGGAAAGCCUAUUGUGCAGUUGUGUAUUAUGUCUGUGAAUUAAGUUCAGAUGAGACUAGUCACAAAAUUGAAGAGAAUGAUGAGACAAAGGUUAAGCGUAGGUUUAGGCAUCUAGCGAAACUGCGAGUUCACUUUUGGGAGAGAUGGAGAAAGGAAUACUUGACGAAUUUGAGAGAGCAUCAUAGAAGUAAGAGGGAGAAGAGGGAUAGCAACGUGAAGAAUGGGAGAUGUAGUUUUAGUAUUUGACGAGAACCUUAAGAGAGGAUUAUGGAAGAUAGGUAGGAUUGAGAGUUUAAUUGUCGGUAGAGAUGAAGUGGUUCGAGGAGCGAAAGUGAGAGUGAUGACUAAAGGAAAUCCAGUAUAUCUUAAUAGACCAGUUCAGAAAUUGUAUCCUGUAGAGUUAAAUGAGAACGGAAGCAGUACGGAAGAAAGAAAGGAUAAUAAAGUUGAAAAUGAAGUGGAUGGGUACGAUAACCAGAAAGGAAAGACGAAAACUAAUGAGAAAGGAAAGACGGGAAUGAAUGAGAAAGACGGAGAGAAGGGUAAGGUGGAAAGCUGUGUCCAUAGUAAUAGACCUAGGAGAGCAGCAGCUUUGGAUGCACAUUCGAGAACACAAGCAGUAGCGUAGCCAGCCCGACGAUUUAGUCCCGCUAUGCAAAUAUUUUUGUGUUCAUUGACUGUGAAAACAAUCAAUUUCUAAAGAAAUGAAUAAUGGUAAUAAUUUCGAAUUUGCAUAGCGGGACUAAGUUGUCGGGCUGGCUACGCCACUGAACACAAGUCAUGUUUGACCCUUACAGGCUCAAAGGAGGGAGUGUGUAGAAUAAUUUGUAACAUUAUACUAUUGAUAACGCCGUAGGAGACCAAACAAUGGGUGAUUUAGUUGAUUGACGUACGAAAUGGAUCGUAUGUCAUAAAUAAUAGACUUCGAGUUGAUUGUCAGACUGAAAGCACGAGAGAAAACCAGAAGGAUUGUUUGUUAUAUAUUUUAUCGUUUGAAUCGUAUUAAAAUAAAUAUGUUUUAAAGUACGCGUGUUCUAUUUCCUAUGGUAUUGUUUUGAUAGUAUACAGUCCCCACGAAGCGCAACUGUCUUGCUGUGUAAGACAGAAAAGUGCAACACUGUCUUGGAACUGAAAUAUUUUUAUGGGAACUAACACUUUCAAACACUCUGAGUUUAAAUCCGAAAUGUUCCCGCUCUAUAGACCUGCAGUUUUCUCACAAACUGCAAUUUUAUCUUCACAAAUUCACCACAACUUUUUUCAUUGUUCAACGACACGGAUCGAUGACGACAAACGAUUAUGUCACUCCAAAAGACUUAUUUCUAUUAACCAGUCUUCCUUUUAACAAAAGACCGGUUUUCCUCGAAUCAUUUUGAGUUAUGUCAUAUUAUGCGUGUUGGACAUAAACAACAUAUCUUGUCUACAACUUUGGGAAGGUACAGAUAAAGCUUUCUAAAAUCCUCAGUUCUGGCUGUAUCUCUAUAAAAUCACAAGGACGUCAAUGUUAAGUCGUUGGGCUAUAUCUCUGGGAUGAGAAACAAUUCCUUACAUGCGAUCAAAAUGUUUUAUACAACGAUGUAAAACGGUAAUGUUAUAUAAUGGGUCAGCAUUUAAAUUUCCAACACAGGUUUUGAGACGUAAUUCAAGAGGUAACUUAUCAUUGCAUUUGAACUAUUAUAUCAGUUGGUGUUAUUCUGUGUGAUUAGCAAGUAUUAUUAGAAAGAGGGCUUUCAUAUACGUUGUAAUCACCAAAUAAACAGCUCAUGCCCACAUUUCUCAACUUCCUCGUAAGUUUACAGAGCAGAUUUUAUACUUUGGCACUGGUAUUUGUCUUUGAUGUGACCAUUUAUUCUUCUAGUUUAAGAUUAUUUAAUAAGAGUGAUCCUGUCGUAAGUCUUCUACCAGCAACCCAUCGACAAUAUUUCAUUUUAGUGUUGUCUUUGCCGUUCCGUUGGCUUCGCGUUACUUUUGUUUUAAAUACCUUGAUUGCGUUAAAAGAGUUAUUUCUCAGCCAGGGGCGGCGAAACGGAUUUCAGUUUGGGGGGGGGCUAAAUUUUUUUUCCGUGACGUCCCCCCCCCCGUCGCCAAAAACAUUUCGGUCAGUGUACCAUUUUAGGGGUACAAAAAAUUUUCCGGACCUAACAAAAAAUUUUUCCGGACAUACUCGAUUUUUAAACAAAAUAUUCCAAAUUUUUCCCCUUAUACCUAAAUUUUCCAAAAAUAACCUACAUUUUUCCUUAAUUAUCAAAAUUUUUCCAGAGAAAACAAAGAGAGAAAACCCUAGCCCCCCCCUGUUCCGCCGCCACUGUUCUCAGCCGAGAGACAUAGCCAAAAGACUUAGGAUUAACGUCCUUGUGAUUUUAUUGAGAUAGAGCCAGAACAGAUGAUUUCAGAGAGCUUUAUCUGUACUUUCCCAAAGUUGUAGACAAGAUAUGUUGUUUACGUCCAACACGAAUAAUAUAACAUAACUCAAAAUGAGUCGAGCAAAACCGGUCUUUCGUUAAAAGGUAGACUGGUUAAUAGAAAUUGGUCUUUUUGAGUGAUAUAAUCGUUUGUCGUCAUCGAUCCGUGUCGUUGAACAAUGAAAAAAGUUGUCGUGAAAUUAGUGAAGAUAAAAUUGCAGUUUGUGAGAAAACUGUAGGUCUACGGAGCGGGAACUUUUCGGAUUUGAACUCAGCGUGUUCGAAAGUGUUAGUUCCCGUAAAAAUAUUUCAGUUCCAAGAUGGGUGAAAUGAAAGUGAACGGUAUCGGGAUGCAGCAAACGGCCUAAUGCAGGUUGUCGGUGAACCAAUUCAACAAGUUUCCAUUCACUCCAUAUAAUUGUAGUCGUCGUUAAGGAGAAUGUACAGAUACAGAUAUUUCACAGCACACUCCCUAUCAGGGCUUUUCAGUGACUGGUUACAUUGUGAAUAGAUAGGACCGGACUGACGUGAAGCAGACCGAGGUAGACUUUGAGCUUACAAAUGGCGCUUGAGCAGCCGCUAUUAGUCAUGCAUACCUCAUUAAUGAUCUGCCCCCUGACCUAAGUGCCUAACCCACCCUGUCAACUUUCAAUGUAGGAGGAAACCGGAGUACCUGGAGAAAACCCACGACUUUCGGCAGAGCGUUGACUAUUACUCUUUUCACAUGAGGACUGGGUUCGAGUCACAUUGAGAAGUUCUCACUGAGACUUGAACCAGCUACCUUAGAGGCGAAAGGCAAGUGCGCUAACCACUGAGUCGAAUGCUUUGACGAAGUCCAAAUAUAAAAAACCUUGGAUGCUCUUGUCCAAGCUCUUGCCAAUAGCGUGGAAAACAGAGAGAAGUUGUGUAACACACGAUCGGUUUCUGAUGAAGCCAUGUUGUUCAUUAGUGAUUAGAUGGGAUAUAUUGUUGGACAGAUUGCUGCAUACAGAGCGUUCGAGAAUCUUGAAUCAACAGCGAGAUAACACGAAAGUUCUCAGCUACUUCUUUUGACUCCUUCUUAUGAACAGGUGUGAUGUUCGCAGUCUUCCACUCUAUGGAUACUCUGCCGCGGUUCAGAGAAUCAUUGAAUAACGCACACAAACUUGGUUUAACUUGUUCACUACAGUCCUUCAAUAAGCGAGGGUGAAUUCCGUCAGGACCGUGUGCCUUGGUUACAUCUAAAUUGCGCAAAUCGUUCACGACUUCUUCCACACUAACAGUAAUAUCGGAUAACUGUACGUCAGUUUGAGAUGGAGUGUCGUAAUCAUCGUGUGAUAUAUGUCAAUUGUAUGGAUCUAUCUUGUCUUCUAUAUGCUGUAUGCAAAUCAGUCUUGGAGUGUCUAAAAGAAAAAAUAUAUAUCAAACUGUUUUUAAUACAAUGGGGAGUGACACAAUUGGCCUUUCUCACGCCGCCAUUUUUGGGGUACUGUAAUUUUUCGUAAACGAUUAUAACAAUGUGAAAAGCAAUAUUUCAGAACAAACUAACUAUUUGCAGAGUAAAUUUACCAUCAUACGCCCACAAAAUUAUAAAAUGUCGCCGUUACAUUGUGUUACGCUCGCAGGAUUGGCAAAAAAGUACCCCGAAAAUGGCGGCGUGAGAAAGGCUAAUUAGCAACCGCGGCAACAGCAGAGAACAAAAUUACUUACAUUUUUGUAUCGGAGCCAAAGCAUACAUUACCAAGCUUUAUUUUCAUAUUAAAAGUACUUACAUUUCUUAAUCCCUUAAGGAGCAAUAGUCAGUUAAUUCACCAAACAAUCUACACAGUAUAGCAACUUGAAAUGUUUUAACUGUUGGCAUUGUUAUGAGCCGUGAAAAUGAUGCAAAUGACGUAGCAGUUUGAACAACUACAGCGAACUAGAAUGCUCAAGGAUAAGGACAGAAAUAGAGUACAAUUUAUAGUUGCCUGAGUAAAAUAAGUUGUUAGUAAAAUAAGUAGUUGCCUGAAUACAAUUUAUAGUUGCCUAUCUUAGAGUAAAAAUGCUAUAAUUGUUGAUGAGCACAUCUUUAUUGACGUCGCCGUUGUAUUUGCCAAACUCUGGAGUAUCACAAUUGGUCAUAAUGGCAUGGUCGUGAUAUAGGUGCGAGCAAAUGUAAAGUUGGCUUGUUUCUUGUUUAGAUAAAAGGUCGAUUUCGUGUAUUGGUCAGUUUGUUACCUGGUGAUAAUAAUGGGAACAGUAGCAGUGAUCAAUCAGGAAGCGAGAGUGAUGAAGAAAGUUGUGACGAAACUGAGGAAAACUAA